AUGUUUUUAAAAAUUGUUUUUUUUAUUUGUUACAUUGCUAUAUUUACAAAUUACUUUCUACUAACACCAAUUGAAACCCAAAAAAAAAAUAUAUUAAAAAAAUAUAACAUAUUAAAUAAUAAUAAAAUAAUAUCCAGUUCUUUAAGAAAAAACAAAUUAUGUUUCAUACAAAAAAAAAAAAAUAAUAUAUUGAUCAGAAGACAUAAAUAUGGAUUUCUAGUAUUUGAUAUAAUUAAGAUAUUUGGUCGAAUUUCUAACAAAGAGCUUUUAGGACAUGUUAUUUCACACAACAACGAUUUUAUAGAGAAUGAAAAAAAAAAUUGCAAAAAAAAUUGGGAAAUUUUAUUUCAAAAUGAUACUAUAAAUUAUGAUAUAUUAAAAAGAUUUUUAGAAAAAAGUAAAUUUGAAUGGCCCUUGACUGUCAACUCGGGGCAAAUAAAAAAAGAAGGACCUAUAGACAUACCAGUUUCGCCAAUUGUGUAUAUUGAGAAUUGCAGAAAAAUAAGUGAUCAGUUUAAAAAUAAAAACAAAAAUACUAAAAUAAAUUUAAAAAUUAUAAAUGACUACGUCAACGAAUUGCCCAUAUCGCCCGACGCAAUACAAUGCGUAUUUUCUUCCUUUAGCGAUUUAGAAUAUUUGACAAAAGAUAAUUUUAUCCAAAAAAUACAUGAAUGGGCCCCAUCUGAUGGAGUACUCGAUUGGUACACAUUUGUUUAUAAUUUGAAGGAAGAGCCAACAGAUAACAUCAAGAAGUUUUUCGAUUGA